UGUCUCUCUCUCUCUCUCUCAGUUUGUUUUAUUAUUAUUUUGAUUCAGUCCCACCUUUCAAUCAGGACCAAAAAGCUUGAAUCUUUCGUGCUCCCCAGGAAGAAGCCAUUGAAGAAAACCCAGUUCUUGUGGAGCCAGAAACUGAAGUGUUCUCUGACACAAGAUUGCUUGCCCAGAAUGUGCCUUGCACUUGUACCCCUGAAGACAUUAGGACCAUGUUCGAGAAGUACGGCACAGUCGUCGACGUUGAGAAAUUUGUUUGGUGAACUGCAGAUGCAAAAUUAAAAAAUUGGUAAAGAUACCAACACCGAAAAUCACAACCUCAGCUUUGGGAGGGCACAAGAUUCAGAAAGGUUUAUGUACGCAAGGGAUACAUCAUUUUGAAAGAGUCAUUUGAACUUCUGGAGCCAGUCAUUAGUUUUCCUUUGCUUUGUGUGCUUCUUCAGACAGUUUUUCAGGCAGUUUUUCUGAAAGUGAGGAGAAUAUCAAGCUGGUCGAAAAGUCAUUUCCAUCCUUGCUCUACUCCGUGUUGGAUAGGGAUAAUGAUUGGGGUACCUGUAUAACGGCUAGAGUUUCAAAUUCAAAUAAAAGAAAGCAGUUUUAUUCCCACGUUAAGUUCCUUAGAAGAUCAAUUCAAGGUACCGGAUGCUAAGUCGACCAUAUGCUUUUGGCUGUGUACUGCGAUUGAGGACAUCAUCUGAAUUCAAAACUGGUCAUUCUUAUGGUCACUUCUUUCCAGAUCCACAGUAUGAGAAUGUUCAACACAUUAUCUGUUGUGAUUCUUACGCCACAUAUGCUUAUGACUUUGAGUUUGAAGCUACCAAGGAAUUUUCAAAACAUGGUUCAGAACCUCCUAUUAUACAGAUUGCGUUUCAAUACACAGUCGUUCUGCCUCCUGAGGAGCUCACGGAUUCAGGAUUGGUUUCCUCAGUUAGAGGCAAGCAUUCUCUUAAACGACGAUUAAGGAUUUGGACUUUGCAAUGUGGAGUCGCCCAAAACAUGAAUGAACUCUAUGACAGUGUUGAUCCUGAAGUGGUUCUCUCAUUACUUGUUCACAAGGUUAUAUUAGCCUCCUUGGAGCAAGGGGUUCGGGAAGGAGGACUGUUAUUGCACGAUUGGCUUGUGAUUCUGACAGUUCAAUACAAUGAAGCUCAUAAACUUGUUCACUACAAGAACGGAAGUUCAGUGACUGUCCAAAUUGAUGUUGCAUUCUCACAAUGCCCCGAACUGCAGCCUUUACCCCGAUUAGUUUUUGCAUUGCUUUGAAAUCCUCUGCUCCUUUUUCAUGAAGAAGGUGUUCACCCUAAUUACCGAAUCUACCUACAGUGUCUUUUCAGUGCACUUGAACCAAGUUCACUUCAUCGUGCCGUCUAUCCAGUCCUCACCUCAUAUUCUACUCCCGAUAAACUAGCAUACCCACAAGCUAGAUAAUGAAGUCACUUGAUGAUCAAGAAAGAGGAGCAUUUGUAGUUUGGUACCAAAAAAGAAGAAAGGAGUAGAGCAUAUGAACAUCUAUUAUUUCUUUAAGGCGAGUUUCGAUUCUAUAUCCUACAUGGCUACAUGGGAAACUAACAGGAUGAUUUCAAGAAAAAAUCAAAUUGUUAUAUAUACCCACCAAGACAAAUCUCGAUCAGGAUAAUGUCAUAUCAGAUGCAAUUUGAUAUUUCAAACCAACUUGUUAGUGAUCAAAUAUCAAACUAAGCAACAAAAGAAAGUCGCUCAUUUAAAAUUACUGAAACUAUCUGCGAGAAACUGGAACAGCAACCGUACGACCGUACCUCAUUCUUUGUCUUUUGUUUUUAUU